AACCCUGAAGUGAACGGUCCCGGGCCCGGCGCGCAUGCGUAAGAAAGCACGCGCUGCCCAGGCUCCCAGGCCUCUGCCGGCGCGACGACGACGUCAUGACCCGCCAGCUCAUGGGAGGCCGGGGGCGGGCCGAGAAAAGCCCGCGCCUGUCUGCCCCUAUCAGCGCUUCGCGCGGACACCUUGCUUCUUCUCUAGGUGCCCGGGAGGCAGCAGCUGCUCCGCCGACCUUCUAGAAACCGAUUGCUUGCAGAAAUGGUCCGUACGAUCAACUGCAUCGUCGCCGUGUCCCAGAACAUGGGCAUAGGCAAGAACGGGGACCUGCCCUGGCCCCCGCUCAGGAAUGAUUUCAAGCACUUCCAGAAAAUGACUACAAUUCCUUCAGUAGAAGGUAAACAAAAUUUGUUGAUAAUGGGGAAGAAGACCUGGUUCUCCAUUCCUGAGAAGAGUCGACCUUUAAAAGACAGGAUUAAUGUAGUUCUCAGCAGAGAAUUGAAGGAACCUCCUCCUGGAGCUCAUUAUCUUGCCAAAAGUCUGGAUGAUGCAUUAGACCUUCUUGAACUCCCAGAACUAGCAAAUAAAGUGGACAUGAUUUGGGUAGUUGGAGGCAGCUCUGUUUAUAAGGAAGCGAUGAACAAACGUGGUCAUAAUCGACUGUUUGUGACAAGAAUUUUGCAAGAAUUUGAGAGUGACACGUUUUUUCCAGAAAUUGAUCUAAAGAGAUAUAAACUUCUCCCAGAGUAUCCAGGUGUUCUUACUGAUGUCCAAGAAGAAAAAGGCAUUCAGUAUAAAUUUGAAGUAUAUGAAAAACAUGAUUAAUAUGAAAAAUUUGAAGGCUGCUGUUUCCAGAUAAUUUUUCCACCAAAAAUUAAGUUUGUAUGAUGUUAGAAUAAAAACUAUUAUUAGAAAUGUUA